AGUAGGUGGCGGUAAUGUACCAUAACGUUGGAUGCCAACCGCUGAUAAACCCCAUCGAAGAAGAAGUUGUAGCUAGUUGCUGAAAUCAAGCAGGACGUGAAAUAAUAACAGAAGAUGGAGGCAGAUUCGUCUCUCCUGAGCUCGGAAAUGGAACUGCAGCAGCAAGAGGAGCUCUACCAACAGCUUUUGCUAAAGACAAUGGGAAAAAUGCAAAGUGAAAAUCCUCGUGAUUCUAGAGUCAUUCGGCCACAGCCUGGUCGGUGUGUGAAGACUUUCACCUUGCCUGAUAAACGGAAGGUAUUUGUCAACAUCUGUCAGUCUGCUGCUGUCCCGCCCCCGCCCCCCCUCUCCAAGGAGGCACUAGUGGAGCUCCUCGAAUCAGAAGACCCCACAGGAUACAGAGUACCCAUGAGCAUCGGAGAGGCCCACACAGAGGUGGACAACAACUCCCAAGGCUGCACAGCCUACGACGUGGUCAUCAGUGAAGAGUUCUUCCAGAAAUGCCAGAAGGAUCCUCUAUUCCAGCAGUUUCUGAUCGCUGUGUCAUUAGAGGGGCUGGAGAACAAAUACAACCUGGAGCUCAGCCGAGACUGGAAGGUUCUGAAGAACAGGAAGUUUCUGGGCUCUGUGAACGAACAGAAUAUUCGCACCAAGAGCAAACCUGUGAUUCAGGAAAUAGACCCCAAGGAUACUUGCACAGCACCAGAACCAGCCAAACGGCCAGAGUUCUGUCUACUGGUGGAGCCCCCUGUAGGUGAUCCAGAGUUUCUGAUAGCAGAGAUACAGCUGCCUGGAGUGGCCUCCUCUCUCUCCCUCGUUCUGGACCUUGGGGAGGACAGGCUUGUCCUGAAUGUCCGGCCCUCCCUCUUUCAUCUGGACUGUUUCAUUCCCUUCUUCAUUGACCAGGAGGACAGCGUAGCACAGUACAACACCAACACACAGAUUCUCACAGUGACAAUGCCGGUGGUGUCUUCGUGAAGACACUGAAUGUCAGAUAUCUAUCCGUUUUUGUUGUGUAUGAAAAUAAACCUGUUAUUUUUAA